GACAAUUAAAUUAAUUUGUUAUUUACUUUUUAUUUUACAGUUUGUGGCUUAAAUAUUUUAUUAUAGUGGUGUUACGUUUUUAAUUAGAUUUAAUCACAAUUUUAAUCAAUUGUAUUAACCUCCUCUCCGUUUUUGUGAGUAGAAUUUUUAGUUUACAUUGAUCAUUCCGUGUUGUGUUUCUCCACAUUUAAAAAAGAAUAUAAUAGAUCCUGAAACAGUUUAUUCUAAUAGACAAGUGUGUCAUCAACAUUUUGGGCCUAUAUAUUUUUGGAAGUUUGUAAAAGAAUAUAAGGUAUUUAUCUAAACAAUCAUCCUACAAGAUUCUUUCAAAAAUUUUCAUUCAACUCAAUUACACAUCAGUGCUUUCACGUGACACAUGGCAGUAGUGUUUAUAUCAUUUUGAAAACAAAUUGGAACAUUUGAAGUUUUCAGUAAAACAUUGAAUUGUCUUUCUGUUGUUUUAAUUUCCUGCGAAAUUUCAUCAAAAAUCCCGCAAAAUUUAUAAUUUGAAAUUCCUACAUAACUCAAAUUUGUCAAUUUAGUUCCCAUUCCAAUCAAGAGAUGGCGUUAAUUCGAUCCGAAAGAUUAACAUGGUCGUGAAACGUCUAUAAGUAUGUAUGGUUUGUGCUUCAAACAUGAAAGUUUUUGUGUAGUACUGUGACUCUGGUUUUAAUUAUUGUUUUAAAACAGUUAAAUCCUUUAAUUUUAGAUUAGUGGCAAAUGUGUUUUCACAAAAAACUAAAGAUGUUAGAAAAGGAUUUUUUUGUGCCUUGAUGAAAACAGUGUCCACAGGAAAAUGGCGCCAUUUUAAUCUGUUGUAUUUGUUUCAUUGCAUUUUAAAAUACCUAUUUAUAUAAAUUUAGACGUUGAUAAGAAAGUUGUUAGCUUUUAUAUAUUUCUUUAUACCUAAUAUUUUUAAUACUUUAAAAAUGAGUAACUUUUCCAAAAAUCCUGCUGAUUCAGGCUAUUUUGACUUUUCUCAUUCUCUGUCUGGAGAAAAUACUUCUUUUCAGAAUGAGACCCCUUCCAAUAGAAAACGAAAAGCUUCUUGUAUUGAAUUUGAAAAUCUGGAAAAGUCUCCACCAUUUUCUAGUACCUUAAAUGAAUCUUUUAUGAACAAUUUUGAUGAAGUUCUAAAAAAAGGUUUGGAUUCACCUGCUCAACGUACCAGCAAAUCGCAUAGAACCAAUGAACAAAAGAAAUUCUAUUCUGUUCCCAAUACUCCUGACCAACAAAUAAAAUAUGGUAGAGAUACUUUAGCAAAAUCAAAUACAAAUAGUUUUGUGAAAAAUUUCUCUCAGUUUGGUAUGCAAUCUCAGUCACCUUUACAUAAAGAAGCUUAUGAGAUCUUGUAUCCAGAACUACCCCCGUUAGAGUGCAAAAAAUCUACCACCCCACUAAAAAUUGACAAAUCCAAUUUACAAGCAAAGAAAAGGCUAUUUUAUAAACCACAACAGAAUCUCUUAAAUAAGAUAAUUUCAAACCAUGUUAUUAUGAAUAAAAUACUCAAAGAUUUAUCAAAUGGUGAUUUAUAUAGGCUGGCCAAAGUUUCUAAAGCAUUUAAAGAAGCCAUUUUAAGGGAUAUAGAUGCCUCAAUCAGGUUUGCUGUUUCUACAGAUUAUUAUAAAGGAUAUAAAGAAAAUUACAGAAUUACACCUCCGACCUCUCCUGAGCAAAUUGAGUAUGAUACUGAAGCUCAAACUAGUCCAAGAGCAAAGCGAUUUCAAGAAUUCUACAAUACUGGAAAAAGCCUUUAUAAGAACCAGUCCCUCAUGAAAUGUGUCAAAUGCCAAGAACUUUCUGUGGUAGAACAUGAUAUUGCUCAAUGCCAAAAUAUUAGAUGUGGUUAUAUUGUUUGUAGAAGAUGUGAUAGUUUUUCCUUUGAUCCAAGACAGUUUAAGGACACUUGUCAACACGCCCAGUUGUUGAAUAGUAGCAGACCAAGAAAUUUACUUGGAGAUGUAAGCAACAAUUGUACGGGGACAAGUGAUUACAUGACUGAUAUUUCGAAUUCAAUUUUCUCAUCAUCGUUUAGUCUCAAUAUAAGUAAACUAGAUUCUUCAGGGACAUUUUCUGACUUUGAAGUAUCGACCCCAAAACAAAAGGUGAAGAGGAAUUUAUCGAAAGCUUUUGUGCCACGCUCAGAGGUGAAAAUUUUUGCAUCAUCAAAUUCCUGCAUUGACAUGCCACAACCGAAGAAAUUUGUACGUCGAACAUCACUAAUUCCAGUAGUACCAUUGGAGGCUACAAAAAUCAAACCUGAUACUGUAGAUUUGCCAAGUCCUCCUAGAAACCAACAGUAUUCAGUUUGUUCAAGACAAAGCAAACGAAAUUUAAAAAGAUUGACCCGGUGAAGUUACUUAUUAAGUUAAAAGGGACUAAUAUUUGUGGAUCAAUUUACCUGGAUUAGAUAUUAUAGACCAUGCUGUAUCGUCGCCCUCGUAAAUUAUUCCGAUUUGUUUUUUUUUUGGACAAACUUACUCAAAAAGAGGUCCUUAUAACAAAUCCACAGGGUGCCGGGAGGUGCCGCGAUCGGAAAAUUGUUUAGAAAAUUUUUUAAAACAAAUUCAAAAAUCAAUAUUUUUACUUCGGACAACUUUUUUUUAGAUUCUUUGGGUCAUUCUGAGAGAAAAAGGUCUGUUGUGAUUUUUCUCUAAAAUUGAUAGUUGUCGAGUUAUAUGCGAUUUAACACUUUAGCUCCCAUGUGCACCACCCGUGGGCACAGUAAGUUUUCUGUUCAACCCAUGUGUCCCACCGAUGGGCACAAAAUUUAUCCUUGUUCAUUUCGGUGUGUACCUGUCGUAACCGCAGAUAUAGAUGAUUUGCAUUAAAAGGUGUGGCCUACGGGUUCUCUAGAAUGCCUGUGGACGAUGGUUCGAUAAUCUCGCCAUUUUUUGAGUAAUUAAAGGUUCUGCUAUUUUGCCUAUCAUUGUAUCAUCUGCACGUGCUGUUAGCCUCUAAAAUAAAGGUUACUGUAGUGCGUAAAAUGAGUAAAUCGUGGAAAAAUAAACAAAAGUUAAGUUAAGAUGAACUUAGACGAAUUUUAGAGAAGAGCGAUUUUUUUGAAAAUGGCAGCGAGUCGGAAAAUUUGUUGGACGAUUCCAAUUUUGAACAAUUCAGUGAUGGCACUAGUGAAUAUAGUUAUCUAGAAACUACAAAUGUUGUUAAUAAAAACACUUAAAAAAUAUAUAAGGUGCACAUGGGUUGUUCGAAAUAAAAUUAGUCAAGUAAUUCUUGCCAGCCCAUGUGUACCACAUAUGACCACACUUAUUUUUUUGAAAAAUCAUGUUCCUGUUUUAACAAAAAUGUGUUUUAAUUGUUCUUAACAUUAAUCUUCAUGUCUUUAUAUCAAAAAAGUAUAAUGGGCUGGCACAAAAUUUUUCAAAUUAUGGCCUGGGAGUUAAAGUGUUAAAAUUUGAAAAACGCGAAAAUGUCCAUUUUCAAGACUUAAUAGCUGGGUUAAAAAUUAUUAUUAUGAAAGUCAGAAAGUGACUAAAUCAAAGCUUAAAGCUCCCCCUACAAGAGCCCGAAGAGAUGUUUGUCAUUAUUUUAUUACUAAGCUGUUAAUUGCACCAUUCCGGCAGUCCAAUGGUGCAUCUUACUCGCACUCACAUUGACGGCCGCCUCAAUACGCUCUUAGCGCUUAUUGAUAAUAAUUAAAUUAAUGACACAAAUUUCUUCGGGAUCAUGUAGGGGGGCUUUAAACUUUGAUUUGGUCAGUUUCUGACUUUCAUAAUAAUUAUUUUUAAAUGGUUAUUUUCGCGUUUCGACAACACUGAAUUUUAGAGAAAAAUCACAACAGACUUUUUUGCUCAGAAUGACUCAAAGAAUCUAAAAAAAAUUAUGCGAAGUGAAAAAAUUAUUUUUUUGAAUUUGUUUAAAAAAAAUGUUUAAACAAUUUUCCUACCGCGGCACCUCCCGGCACCCUGUGGAUUUGUUAAAAGGACCUCUUUUUGAGUAAGUUUGUGCAAAAAAAAAACAAUUCUGAAUAAUUUACCUAACGGGGCGACGAUACAGCCUGGUCUAUUACCCUUUUCGAAUAUAUACAAAUAUGCCAUUUAUAUUGAUAUUGUUCAUUGUGGUAAUCCCGAGUAUGUAUGGUCUAUUGUAUAUAUAAAUCAGUUUUUAAGAGUUUUUUACCCAGUGUUAUCUAUUUAGGUAAACUGAUGUGAUAGUUUUUCAUUCCUUUAAAUUUUUUUAUGCGGAAUUUUGACAGUUUGCCUUUGUAGCAUUUACAUCGCACUUACGUUUCUGUAAAGUAUCUUUAUAAAAGUACUAGUUUAUACAUCAUACGUCAGAUUCACAUAGUUAUUUACAUUGUUGCUAAAUGACAAUAAAACUAUUAAAAUUUUUA